ACCAAAAUGGCUACUGAGGCUGUUCAAGCGUUGCUUGAAAGAUGCGACCAUCUACAUUUGGAAUUGUACGAUGGGGCAGAGCAUCAGGAGGGUGGGGAAGCAGAGUUGAUGGUGCCCUACCUAACCGAGAGUCGUAGCAAACAGAAGAUUUUGUGCAGACAGUUGUUUGUGCUGGAUGACAUGAUGCAGCUUCUGGAGAGACUGGAGUCAACUGACCAGCUGUUUAAUGAACCCUGCCCCCCAAACCCCGGCAACGAUGCUCACAGACGCUGGAAGGUCCUGAAGAGUGAAUAUAAAGAGGGAGUCCAGGAGGUGGAGACACUUAUUAGCACCUUACAGGACAGGAUGGACAAACUGCACCACAAACGGGACAGACUGACAAACCUGGUCAUAGCACUAGAGAAGAAGAAAGAUCUCAGCCUGCAGAUGGGGGAGUCCCUCAAGACAGCCCACAAUGCCUUGCAUGUAUGUGAGGGGCAGCUGGCCCAGCUGAGGGCGGAGACAGACGCCACACUGGACCGCUCGGCUGACUGGCAGCACCUGAGAGACGCCCUGCAGGGCUAUGUGGAGGAGACACAAGGGGUGAUGCAGUGUAGGCUGUUGUCAGUGGGGUCCUCGGAGCUGUGUGUGGAACUGAGGCCCCGCUCCUGUGGAUCCUCCUCCUCUGGCCAGCUGGAGCCUCUCAGACUGACUGUCACUUGGAGCCCUGAUGACCACUUCCACCUCCAGAUGUAUCAGGGUACUACAGGGCUGUUAGAGGAGUCCAUGAAGGGUCGCCUUUCUCACCUCAGUGCUGCCCUGCUGGAGGUCAUGCAGUGCUACAUCAGCCAGGGAGAGAUGCUGGCUGAGAUCCAGGCCCUGCACUCCAGGUUUGCUAUAGACUGGCGUCCAGGCCAGAGACUGCUAGUGUUCCUGAAGACUGCCUCUAGGGUGUGCAACCUGGGGGUGGAGGAGGGCUACCCUUCCAGAGGCACAGCUACACUCGUCUCUGUACGCAGGGACGGAGAACUGGUCGACAACGCUGUCCUACAGCCUCCCCAGAAGACCCCCUCUCUGACAGAGUGGCUGGAGUUCCUCUCCUCCAGUCCGUACGUCUGACCAUCCUCUCUCUAGUUGACACAGAGGAAGUGGCUGUUUCUCUCCAUGGUCACCAAAGGGCGCCCUUACCUCUAAUAUGUAUAUAUUAGGAAUGUAACAAUUCAAUAUGCAUUGAUCCUGGUUCAAAUGUUUAAGAUACUAGUGUGCAUGCUUCUGCAGGACCCCAAACCAAUCCAAAUUUAGCGUGCAUCGGUCAGAAAACCGAUUUUCAAACGUUACAAUCGCCAGUUCACUAAUGUUUUCACUCAUUGUUUUAUUCCAAAAAUGCCUCUUAUGUGUUGUGACUGAGUUGAUGCAUCCUCUCCUUCAGUUCAGUAGGCUAUUGAACUUUUAUGCGUGUAACUGCAUGACUGUCAGAUAACAACUGUGAACACAGUGCAGAUAGACACAGCUGCUUGCGCCGACUAGAAGUAGG